GCUAAAGCUAAAAGACCACCAGUGACAGACGCCGCCACAAAACCAAAAGAAAAUCAUGACCGUUUCCAAUACAGUGGACCAGUACACUGUGCUUACCGGGGAUCGUUCCAAAAUCAAGGAUUUAUUGUGCAAUCGCCUAACCGAAUGCGGUUGGCGUGACGAAGUGCGUCUGCUGUGUAGGAAUAUAUUGAUGGAGAAGGCAGUUGCUGGAGCGGUUACAAGUAAUAGUAAUUUAACACUGGAGCAACUUAUCACUGAGGUGACACCUAAGGCCCGCACUUUGGUACCGGAUGCAGUGAAAAAAGAAUUGCUUAUGAAAAUUCGAACAAUUCUCACAGAAAACGAAACAGAGGGAACUGAUAAUCACGAUGAUGAUGAAGACGAUGAAGAUGAAAAUGGUACAGAAGAUAAUUAA